UGCACAGCUUGAUAACCACUCUAAUAGAUGGACUUGGUGUUCAAAUGCUACAACCCUAUUAAUCCCAUAACAACCAGUCAGAUCGCUGCUUGUCUGAUAAUAAGGUCCCCAAAUCUGGUUGUUAUGGAGGACGAUGACGCUUCAUGUUAUACACUGAUGAGACCUCGUGACUGUCAUCUGACCUACCGUGAAGGCUUAGUAUAAGUGACACUUAACCCCCUGAGAUCCACAGCUCCAAGCCUGUAAUGUGGAUUCAUUCCAAGUACGAGUCAGUCCCUUGGCUCACGCUGCGGAUGCCUCAGAAUAAGCGAUUGUAUUAUCUAUUAGAAGACGUUUAUUGAAGAACAGAAGUUUUUAUUUUUCACACCACGUCCUUUGUAGACGAGGAAUGUCAACAGCCAUCUUAGUUACAUUUGUCAGACAUGGAGGGUCACAGGUGAGAAGAGGGGCACUGCUGACGUCACGUGUGCUGCAGGAAAACAGUCGGGCUGCCUCAUCCUGCCAGUGCUCCACCAUCCCCCGCAGGUCUUUUUCAUCACGGUUUGACCCUGACGGAAGCGGGCGACCUGCCACCUGGGACGCUUUUGGCAUUUGGGACAAUCGUAUUGAUGAGCCUAUUCAGCUCCCGCCCAGUAUUAAGUAUGGCAAGCUUAUACCACACAUCAAUCUGUCUAAAGUCGGCUGCUCCACUCAGCUAGGGCAAAGGAAAGAAAAUGAAGACCGAUUCAACUUUGCCAAACUGACCGAUGAUGUCUUGUAUUUUGCUGUCUAUGACGGGCAUGGAGGAGCUGCAGCAGCCGACUUCUGUGACCGCUUUAUGGCUAAAUAUAUCAAGGAGUUCCUUACUCAGGAACAAGAUAUGGAGAAAGUGCUGACCAGAGCUUUUCUAGAAAUCGAUAAAGCUUUCUCGAGACAAGCUCGUAUUUCUGUUAAUGCUACAAUGUUGAACUGUGGGACUACUGCAACAGUAGCCUUGUUGCGUGAUGGCAUUGAGCUUGUUGUGGCAAGUGUUGGUGACAGCCGGGCACUGUUAUGUCGCAAAGGCAAACCUGUGAAGCUGACAAUUGACCAUACACCAGAACGGAAGGAGGAAAAAGAAAGGAUAAGGGAAUGUGGUGGUUUUGUGGCUUGGAAUAGCCUGGGACAACCUCAUGUAAAUGGAAGACUUGCAAUGACCAGGAGCAUAGGAGAUUUGGAUCUCAAGUCUAUGGGAGUGAUAGCAGAGCCUGAAACAAAGCGGGUUACGCUGCACCAUGCAGACGAUGGCUUCUUAGUAUUAACCACAGAUGGCAUUAACUUUAUUGUAAACAGUCAGGAAAUCUGUGACAUCAUCAACCAGUGCCAUGAUCCCAGUGAAGCCGCACAAGUCCUCACUGAACAGGCUAUCCAGUAUGGUGCAGAAGAUAAUAGCACAGCCAUAAUUGUCCCAUUUGGAGCCUGGGGAAAGCACAAGAACUCUGAAGUCAGUUUUUCCUUCAGCCGUAGCUUUGCAUCAAGUGGCAGAUGGGCCUGACUGGAAGAUUGCCUUACAGUUAUUACGUGGCACAAAAAGUCCAUCUACAUGCAAUGUACAAAGAUACCUUUUGUUCAUCAAAUCCAUUAGCUUCUAGGCCAGGGAAUGCUAUUUGUCGAGUACAAUUCAUGUUGAAAUUAAGGACCUAGUAUAUAUGGGUAUGGUUACUAAAUCCAAACAUUAUAUUAAUACUCAUGUAUGUGAACACCUCGUUUUGGUGGAUCAGUACAGAAGAACAAGAGGGUUGAAUUGUGCUGAUCCUUCCUUCCUUCCUCCUUCACAGACUUGCAUUCAUUACGACAUCCAUGAACAACUUAGUCGGGCACUUUAUUGCUCAUUUUGCACUGCAGUAGUGACCAUCUUAUGCUGGCAUUUCCUAUCUGUUACACCAUAUGUAUAGUGUUUGUAUUAUUUAUAAUGUGAGGCUCAUUGAACAUUACUACAUCAUUGUAUAGGUGUUCAGUUUUAUACUUUUUAUGAAGGUUUGUAACUAGUGUUUUUAACUUUUUUUUUUUUUUUUUAAUUUUUUUUUCUUCUUCUUCUGAAAAUGUGAAAAGGAGCAGAAUAGGCAACUUGUCUUUUUGUUUUUGUUUUUGUUCUGCUCUGUCCAUUGCCAUUUAAAUUCCUGAAAUGAAUUGCCCUGUGUAAAUAGUAGUACGGCUUGUAAGAUAGAUAAAAAGUGGUAUCAAAGGGAUGCCAAAAUUACUGGCUGGUCUUAUUACAGAUAGAGCUCAUUGUUGGUUGUUCUUUACUACUGUUAUGAUCCCCUGUUCUGGAUACCUUUUUUUUAAUAUAUUUUUGGAUCAGAAGGAUGAUUAAAUUGAAUAUUGCAGGGAAGGGGCACUGGGAUUUAAAAUUGUAGGGCACAUUCUCCUCUUCCUACUGCUGAUAUGCUCCUUUUAAUCCAAAAUAAGAUAAAAUAUGAGAUUGGAUCCCCUGAAUGUGAUGUGAAAAGGGCCUUGGUAGGCUGGAGCUGCCAAAACCAUAUUUUCCACUUUCAGUAUGAGCACUCGUGGUUGUUUGGAAGCUACACAUGGCAAACUGGUUCUAUGGCUAAAAUACUGUAGGGUUUGAAAACUGGUUACACCACUGUAGAGCCAGAUUGAGUUAACAGAGAGCAGCACCACACCUGACCUCCUGGUUGUGUAUGGAAUUACACCUUGGCUUUAUUUACUUUAAUGGAACUGAGCUGCAAUGCUACACACAACCUGAGUACAGGCACAGUGUUUUUUGAAGAAAUCAGCCCUGUUUUUAUUUUUUUUAUUUUUUAAUAAAGCAUCCAUCUUUUAUGCUGGCCAAGAUUGUCAACCUUAUUUGAAAGCAAAAUGGGGGAGAUUUAUCCAAACCUGUCCAGAGGAAACGUUUCCUAGUCUCCCAUAGCAACCAAUGAGAUUUUUAACAAGGCCUCUGCAAAAUGAAGUAGCGAUCUGGUUGCUAUGGACAACUGGGCAACUUUUCCUCUGCACAGGUUUUGAUAAAUCUCCCCCCUAUAUGUUUUGGCUUUGCCCUCUUUGUCUCCUGAAGCCACUUUUACAGCUGUAUUAUCUGCCUGCCUGUGUGUACAUAGUAUAACUAUUCUUCAUCUAGUAGAUGACCUGCAAGCAGCUAAGCAGUUCUGUAUUCUGGUCAUGUAUGAGAAAUACUUUGCAUAGUACAUUGAAUGCAAAACUAUCAUCCUGUAUAGCUGUCAAAUGAUUUCAUCGCUGUUUUGCUAACAUGUAAUCAGAUGUACAUAACUGUAUGUACAUAUUGUGUAUAUACUGUCUUUUUUAAUAAAGUAUUAUGG